AUGUGUAUAUGAAGUGUAUAUGUGAGGGUGUUUAUUUGUGCAGCUCUUCAAAUCCUCAGCAGGAAUAUUUCAUAAAUUUCAGGAACUAUACGACAUAAGGGUGCUUGCUAUGUGUGUGUGUGUGUGUGUGUGUGUGUGUGUGUAUGGGGGGGAGGGGGGUGCGCGAGAGCGUGCCGUUCAAGAUAAAACGCAGGGGUCUUGCGUUUGUAAUGCGCGAGCGUGUGUGUGUGAUAAGAAGGGGGGCGCGAGAGACCCCGUCGCGUUUUGACCCCAGAAACGACUCCCGAUCUCCAGCAUCGCUCCCGCCUCCAUUCGGCUUUUUAAACCGGGCCCAUUGCUCGCUUCCCAUACACAUACACACUCGCGCGCGCGCGCACACACACUGUCUCUCUCUCUCUCUCUCUCUCUCUCUCUCUCUCUCUCUCUCACACACACACACACACACACACACACACACACACACACACACACAUUAAGACACGCGCAUAUCCUUUUACAGCUUCUUGUCUCGGUCCAUGGAUGUAGUGAUACACCGAGCAGAUCGCUACACUGCCGCCGGGAUCGGCGUCUCUCCAGCCCGCCAAGCAGCGCCGAUUCACCGCGGAACAGCCUGAGAUAGAGAGACGAGGAGAGAGAGAGAGAAAGCGAGAGAGCGAGCGAGAGAGAGAGAGCGCGAGAGAGAGAGAGGGGGAGAGCGCGAGCGAGCGAGAGGAUCCCCGCGUCUCAAGUGAUUGGGACUGGUGUUCUGUCCCGGACUGCCGGAUCGGUGUGUGUCGUCUUCCGCGAGAAGAGCGCGGCUUUCCGUGGCGCAUGGAGAAAAGGUAUGAAGAGCUGGUGCAGUACCCAGGGUCAGAGGUCAUGCCCAUGGGGGGGUACGGCGAAGCGAUGAGGUCGCUACCGCCACAUCACUAUGCCCAUGGCGUUCCUGACUCUCUCAAACACUACCGUGAUCAGAUCUACGGCCACCCUCUGUUUCCACUCUUGGCCUUGGUGUUUGAGAAGUGUGAACUGGCUACGUGCUCACCACGUGACUCCAGCUCCCUGUCAAAUGCAUCUCAUCAUCCCAGCAUGACGGGUCACAGCGACGUCUGCUCGUCUGAAUCGUUCAACGAAGACAUCGCGGCCUUCGCCAAACAGAUCCGUUCAGAGAAACCCAUCUUUUCAUCAAAUCCAGAACUGGACAAUCUGAUGAUCCAGGCCAUCCAAGUACUACGCUUUCACCUACUAGAACUAGAAAAGGUUCAUGAUCUGUGUGAUAAUUUCUGUCAUCGCUACAUCACCUGUCUUAAGGGCAAAAUGCCCACUGAUUUGGUGCUAGAGGAUCGCGAGUCCGGGUCCAAAUCAGACAUGGAGGAUUUCACAGGUUCUUGCACAAGUCUUUCAGAGCAGAAUCAGUCUUGGUUGCGAGACACAGAUGACUGUUUGUCAACACCGUCAGGCACCCCGAGCGCCUCCUGUGGACUUGCCACACACAGUGUGGACACUUGCAGCGACGUUGGAGAUGGACUGGACGGAGCUGUAGCAUCUCCUAGCACAGGAGAAGAGGACGAGACAGACCGAGACCGAAGAAACAACAAGAAACGAGGGAUCUUUCCCAAAGUGGCAACCAACAUAAUGAGAGCUUGGCUUUUCCAGCACCUAUCACAUCCAUACCCUUCCGAAGAACAGAAAAAACAACUCUCUCAAGACACAGGACUCACCAUCCUUCAGGUCAACAACUGGUUUAUAAACGCCCGACGCAGAAUAGUCCAGCCCAUGAUUGACCAGUCAAAUCGCUCAGGUCAAGGUGCCCCGUACAGCCCAGAGGGAGGCGCAUUAGGAGGUUAUGGAUUAGAAAGUCAGCCUCACUUAGGCCUUCGGACAGCAGGUCUUCAGGGAAUGCCGUCUCUGCCUGCAGACUACCCCGGUGCGCUCUUGCCCCAGCCGGGUUACACCCAUGCGGCACCGUCGCUGCACCCAUACCCCGGCCCCCACCCUGCCAUGCUACUGCACCCACCCCCCCAUCCGCACUCCGCCGAGCCUCUAAUUGGACAAGGCCUGGACAUCCAUGCCCACUGAGAGCGGGGGAGGGGAAGGGGUUAACAGGAAACUGGGCCCACGCACUCCGAGUGCACUAGUUUCACCUCAGUAACACGACGGCACGAUUUCAUAAACUUUGUCAUGUUACGACACUAACCCUUUAUAAUCACCGUCUUAAAAACUGUCACAAAACCUUCUAUGUCUUUUUUUUUUGUUACAUUACAAACUGAUAUCAGCGUCAGCACAGUGGUAUGGUUCAGGCUUUUUCCUACUGCACAAACGACUGGAAAUUUUGCCAACACAAAACUGGAUCUGGAUUUUGCUCCAUCAGCCAAAGUGCUGGGCCAAAAUUUUCCAGCUUUAUAGUUAUAGAUAAGCAUCAACAAAGAGCUGAUGGUACUCGGGGACGAGCUGUUCAUUCCAUGCAGAGUAUUUUGUAGAUUUGCCCACAUUGUGCUGUGCUAUUUCUUAACCCGUGCCAAUGUUUAAGUUUAAUUUCUUUUUUUUUUAAAGUAUAAGCACAACAAAUUUUUUUUUUUUUUUUUUUUUUUUUACAAAAAAAUGAAUUAAACAGAGGUUCUAAUGGUGUUGCAUAUGUCCAUUGUACAACUCUGUUUUCAUCAUAUUUUUGUUGGCAAUCUGGUGAAAGUUAAUGAAUUUUAUCAUAGUGCAAAUUUAUUGAUUAGUUCUUAUUGUUGAUGAAAUGUAAUAAUCCAUCGGCAAGCCUUUUCAGGCUCGUAAUUUCAUUCAUUUAAUCAUGUAUUCCAUGUUGAAUUUGAGCGUGGUGCUGUUCACGCUCAGAAAAAAGGGUACAAACAAGUGUUGUUGUUGUUGCUAGGCUGGUGCAUCUUUUGUAUGUAUCAUUUACCUAGAAAGGUGCAUAUAGUGUAUCUUUUAUACACAAAAACUAAAUACGGUUCAUUUUAUGUACCUUAAGUCAUUUUAAAAGGUGCACUAUCUGGGUGAAAGAUACAAAAACAUGCACCCUUGGUUCAGGGUACCACUCCUCCGACAAAAAAAAAAGGUAGUUUAAUACUGAAAGUGUUGCACCAUAAAGACAGAGUAGUCAUUUUUAUGUUAUGUCUAUGAAAUUGGUAGAGAAUGUCCCAGAAUCCCAAGUUCCAUUGGGUCAUGGAUUGGCUUGUCCUCAUUUCAGAUUGUGCAGUGGAAAAAUACCCAGACAGCCACACUGCCUGAAUGUUGCAUUUCUCACACAUUAACGUACACAACAUACAUGUUAAAAAAAUCGUCUGGUUAGACUCAUGUCUUCCUAUGGCCUUCCUGCUUCCUGAACUGAAAUUUAGGGGCUUUUGGAGCCUCUCUGCCUUGCCCAGAGACUGCUCAUCCGGAACGUGAACAGAGGAGCACACCAGAUAUCUGCAGUCUGGUGCCUUCACAACUGUACCAAAAAGUCCUGUAACUGUCUCCUUGAACCAACGUAUUCAAGCCUUCCCACAAACCCAAAGACUUAAUUGCUGGAUCUGUUCGACGAAACGAGAGCUUGAACUGUGAAAAAUAGCUGGGUUCCUCAAGCAGUCCUAUAUGCUAUGGACCAAUCCUAGUCUUCCCAUAAAGAGGGCAGUUUAACCCCUUGUCAUUAAUGGCACUCUUGUCAUUUGUACACCAUAUUUAAUUUAAUUUUUCUUUAAUGUUUAAUCUAUUUUUGUAUUUAUGUCUGCCAAAAACUCUGUAUCACCAAACUUUGAGUUGAUGUUAAUCUUCAGUUGUUUUUUUUUUUUUUUUUUCUUUUUUUUAAAGUUUGUAUUAAAAGUAGCAUUCACCAUGUCCUAACAGUCAUAUGUUAAGUUUGCUGUAAAGGAUCAAACUAGUGCAGUGUCUUUGUUAAUCACAUGUAUUCUGUGUUAACAUUUUUUGGUAAAGUGUUCAAACAGAGUAAAUUCUGUGAUGAGUUCUGCAAGUACUGAUGUCGGGUCCAUUUGGUUUCUUAUACAGAGGGAUAUGUUCCUGCCUGUUUUUAAGUAACUUGUCUAAUAUUUGGAAGCUAUCUUGUCAAGACCUUGUCCCUCACGUCUGUAAUAAUAAAACAAACAUAAACCCAGUGGUAAAAAUGAGGAUAAUACUUAUGAUGAUAAUUUGACGAUUACAUUACUAUAGACCAAAAGUUUCUUUCUCUUGUUUUAGAUAUAGUGAAAUAACAUAC